CGGCGGAAGCGGCGGGGCCGCCUAAGAUGGCGGCGGCGUGAGUUGCAUGUUGUGGGGCCGCCGGGAGGAGCCGCCGCCGCCCCGUUCCCCGUCCCGCCAUGGCGGUGACCGUGACGCUGAAGACGCUGCAGCAGCAAACCUUCAAGAUCCGCAUGGAGCCGCACGAGACGGUGCGGGCGCUGAAGGAGAAGAUCGAGGCCGAGAAGGGCAGCGAGGCGUUCCCCGUGGCCGGGCAGAAGCUCAUCUACGCCGGCAAGAUCCUGAGCGACGACGUGCCCAUCCGCGAGUACCGCAUCGACGAGAAGAACUUCGUGGUGGUCAUGGUCACCAAGGCCAAGUCGGCGCUGGGCUCGGCAGCCCCCCGAGGCCGGAGCCCCCUCGGAGCCCCCCGCAGCCCCCCGGGGCCCCCCCCGGCCGCCGACGCUGCCCCUCCCCCCCCGGCCGCGCCCAGCGAGGAGACCCCGGCCCAGGACCCCCCUGCCCCCACCCUGGCUGAGCCCACAGCUGGCUCCGUUCCCCCCCCGGGCAGCUCCGGGCGCUCGGCCGACGCUGCCUCCACCCUCGUGACGGGCUCGGAGUACGAGACGAUGCUGUCCGAGAUCGUGUCCAUGGGCUACGAGCGGGAGCGCGUGGUGGCCGCGCUGAGGGCCAGCUACAACAACCCCCACCGCGCCGUGGAGUACCUGCUGACGGGCAUCCCCGGCAGCCCCGAGCCCGAGCGCCCCCCGGUGCAGGAGUCACGCCCCCCGGAGCAGCCCCCGCCCGAAGGUGAGAACCCGCUGGAGUUCCUGCGGGAGCAGCCGCAGUUCCAGAACAUGCGCCAGGUGAUCCAGCAGAACCCGGCGCUGCUCCCGGCGCUGCUGCAGCAGCUGGGCCAGGAGAACCCCCAGCUCCUCCAGCAAAUCAGCCAGCACCAGGAGCAGUUCAUCCAGAUGCUGAACGAGCCGCUGGGCGAGCUGGGCGAGCUGGAGGGGGAGGUGGGAGCCAUCGGGGACGAGUCCCCCCAGAUGAAUUACAUCCAGGUGACCCCGCAGGAGAAAGAAGCCAUAGAGAGGGUGAGUGGGGCCGCUUUGGGGUUUGGGGUUUUGGGGCGAGCACGAGGGAGAAACGCCGGUGUUUGAUCCCGGAGUUAACCCUGGCCGGCUGCAGGGUCGGAAUUAGCGCGCAGAGUUAAUUGACGCUGAUGGGAAAUGUUGUUUUUAGGGCCCAGAGUGAGCAGGAAAUGGGGAAUGGGGUUAUUAGGGUCAGGAGGGGCCAGCAGGGGGAUCCAGGGUUAAAAGGGACAGGUGAUGGAAUCAGGGGGAUCCAGGGUUAACGGGGUCAGAAUUGCCGUCAGUGGGAUCCAGGGUUAAUGGGGUCAGGAGAUGGAAUCAGUGGGAUCCAGGGUUAAUGGGAUCAGGAGAGGGAAUCAGUGGGAUCCAGGGUUAAUGGGAUCAGGAGAUGGAAUCAGGAGGAUCCAGGGUUAAUGGGAUCAGGAGAUGGAAUCAGGAGGAU